GAGCCAAUAGCAGUCGGUGUUUACCUCCAAUGUUUGGAAACUCUAACUAACCCGAAGCUGGGAAGAUGUCUGACAAUGCAGAGUCCCCAACAGAAACGCAAAAAGAGGAGUCACAGCCACAGUCAGACGACUCGGCGACUAACGAAGAGAAAAAGAAAAUAGACGUGUUGCUGAAGGCUGUAGGAGACACUCCUAUAAUGAAAACAAAGAAGUGGGCAGUGGACAGGGGGAGGACGGUACAGUCCCUGUCUCAGUUCAUCUCUCGCUUCCUCAAGCUUGAGGCCAAUGAACAACUGUUCAUUUAUGUUAACCAGUCUUUUGCUCCCUCACCGGAUCAAGACGUAGGAAUCCUAUUUGAUUCGUUUGGCAGUGAUGGCAAGCUGGUUCUACAUUACUGUAAAUCUCAAGCCUGGGGUUAAACUGCUUUCUUCAACAAUUUUGGACCGCCCAUUUUCCUAAAUACAUCCUCCAAACAUGUACACAAUGUUUUGCUUUAGUGACAUUUGUUGUCUUUCUGUUUUUCUGUACAUAUAUAUUGUAAAUAAAUUAUUAUGACUA